AUGGCCAGCACGUUAAGCCCCAGCUCUACGACUGGGACCCCAAGCCCUCCUGAGAUGUCAGAGCGCAUCCGAAACGCUGCUGACAUCUCUGUCAUUGUCAUCUACUUCGUGGUAGUGAUGAUUGUCGGGCUGUGGGCCAUGCUGAAGACCAACCGGGGCACUGUGGGAGGCUUCUUCCUGGCUGGUUGAGAUGUGGCCUGGUGGCCGAUGGGCGCCUCUCUCUUCGCCAGCAACAUCGGCAGCGGCCACUUUGUGGGGCUGGCUGGGACCGGAGCAGCUUCAGGAAUUGCCACUGCGGUCUUUGAAUGGAAUGCCCUGCUGCUGUUGCCGGUUCUAGGGUGGUUCUUUGUCCCCAUAUACAUCAAGGCAGGGGUGAUGACCAUGCCGGAGUAUCUAAAGAAGCGGUUUGGAGGGAAGCGACUCCAGAUCUACCUCUCUCUCCUCUCCCUCUUCAUCUGUGUGGCUUUGAGAAUCUCUUCAGACAUCUUUUCUGGAGCUAUAUUCAUCAAGCUGGCCCUGGGAUUGGACCUUUACCUGGCGAUCUUCAUCCUCUUGGCUAUCACCUCUAUCUACACUAUCACUGGGGGCUUGGCCUCAGUCAUUUACACAGACACCCUCCAGACUAUCAUCAUGCUGAUAGGUUCUUUCAUUCUCAUGGGGUUUGCAUUCGCCAAAGUUGGAGGUUAUGAAAGUUUUACAGAAAAGUAUAUGAAUGCCAUCCCGUCCAUAGUUGAAGGGGACAACCUGACAAUUAGCCCCACAUGCUACACUCCUCGGGAGGACUCUUUCCACAUUUUUCGAGAUGCUAUCACUGGGGAUAUUCCUUGGCCAGGAAUGAUAAUAGGAAUGACCAUCGUAGCUGUGUGGUACUGGUGCACAGAUCAGGUCAUUGUGCAGCGCUGCCUGUCGGGCAAGAAUAUGUCUCACGUGAAGGCCGCCUGCAUCAUGUGUGGGUACCUGAAGCUGCUUCCCAUGUUCAUCAUGGUGAUGCCAGGAAUGAUCAGCCGCAUCCUGUACACAGAUAAGGUGGCCUGUGUUGUACCUUCUGAAUGUGUGAAACACUGUGGCACUGAAGUUGGCUGCAGUAACUAUGCCUACCCAAUGCUGGUGAUGGAACUAAUGCCUGAUGGACUGCGAGGCCUGAUGCUGUCAGUCAUGCUGGCCUCUCUCAUGAGCUCCCUGACCUCCAUCUUCAACAGCACCAGCACCCUCUUCACCAUGGACAUCUACACCAAGAUCCGCAAGCAGGCAUCGGAGAGAGAGCUCCUUAUAGCUGGGCGGCUAUUUAUCAUUUUCCUAAUUGUCAUCAGCAUUUUUUGGGUCCCAUUAGUGCAAGUGUCUCAAAACGGACAACUGUUUCAUUACAUAGAAUCAAUUUCUAGCUACCUUGGACCUCCGAUUGCUGCUGUCUUCCUGCUUGCCAUCUUCUGUAAAAGAGUCAAUGAACAGGGAGCCUUUUGGGGUCUAAUCACUGGACUUCUGAUCGGCCUAUUUCGGAUGACUGCAGAGUUUGCCUACGGAACAGGGAGCUGCUUGGCCGCCAGUGACUGUCCCAAAAUCAUCUGCGGAGUGCACUAUCUGUACUUUGCCAUGAUCCUCUUUGUAGUUUCCAUACUGGUCAUCCUGGGAGUUUCCCUGUUAACAAAACCCAUUCCUGAUAUACAUCUGUAUCGCCUGUGCUGGGCUCUUCGGAACAGGACAGAGGAACGAAUCGAUUUAGAUGCAGAAGAGCAAAGACAGGAAGAGGCUGCUGUUGAUGUUGAUGAACAUUAUCCUGAGGAACCUCGUGGGUGUUUCCGGAAAGCUUACGAGGCCUUCUGCGGUUUGCAGAAGGAAGGCCCCAGGCUGAGCAAAGAGGAGGAAGAAGCCCUAAGGAAGAAGCUCACUGACACGUCGGAGAAGCCCUUUUGGAGGACGGUCGUGAACAUCAACGCCCUCCUCCUCUUGGCCGUGGCCGUCUUUGCCCACGGCUAUUUUGCCUGA